UACAGAGAGCAGGGGCGCAAAAGACAAGAAGAGCCUCACACACACACACACACACACACACACACAGAGAGACACACACACGAGGCCCAAGACGCUCGUGAGAAGGAUACAUGUAUAAAUGAAUGGCAGACAGACCGGAAGAGACAUGAGAUGGAUUCAUGGGAAGAUGAUCAGGCUGAGCAGCGAUCGUGUCUCAUCUGCGGAGACCGCGCUACCGGACUGCACUACGGCAUCAUCUCGUGCGAAGGCUGCAAGGGCUUCUUCAAGCGCAGCAUCUGCAACAAGCGCGUGUAUCGCUGCAGCCGCGACAAGAACUGCGAGAUGUCGCGCAAGCAGCGCAACCGCUGCCAGUACUGCCGCCUGCUCAAGUGUCUGCAGAUGGGCAUGAACCGGAAAGCAAUCAGAGAGGAUGGAAUGCCAGGAGGGAGGAACAAAAGCAUCGGACCCGUUCAGAUCUCGGAUGAGGAGAUCGAGAGGAUCAUGUCUGGCCAGGAGUUUAAGGAUGAGGCCAACGUGCCAGAGCACACCUGGGGGAACAAUGGCGACAGCGAUCACAGUUCCCCUGGCAACGGUGUCUCCGACGGCAACCAGCCUUCACCUGCCUCCACGUUGUCCUCCAACCGUUCGGUGGAGCUGAGCGGCUACACGGCUGCCCUGCGGGAGCAGUACAUCGGGAGUGCUGUUGCCCAGCACUACCAGUUCCUGCCCCACCUGUUCAGCUACGCCGCGCAGCCACGCAGCCUGUACCCACAGAGCCAUACCCUCAUCGGCCAGCUGGUGGCAGCAGAGGAGCUGGCGCCGCUCGGCACGCCCAUGCUCGUCGAGGACGGGUACCGGGUGAGUCAGGUGGAGCUCUUCGCUCUGCUGUGCCGGCUGGCCGACGAGCUCCUCUUCCGUCAGAUCUCCUGGAUCAAGAAGCUGCCGUUCUUUUGCGAACUCUCCAUCGAGGACUACACCCGCCUGCUGAGCUCCACCUGGCAGGAGCUUAUCCUGCUGGCCUGCCUGACCGUCUACAGCGCCCAGAUCCUGGGUGACCUGGCCAGCGUCACGGACAAGUACACGCCGUCUGACAACGAGCUGCAGGGGUUCAGUGAGGAAGGCAUGGAGGUGAUGGAGAAGCUGAUCUACCUGUUCCGCAAGUUCCACCAGCUGAAAGUCAGCAAUGAGGAGUAUGCCUGCAUGAAAGCCAUCAACUUCCUCAACCAAGACAUCCGUGGACUGUCUAAUGUGGCCCAGUUAGAGCAGCUUAACAAGAGAUAUUGGUACGUGUGCCAGGACUACACCGAGUACAAGUACCCCCACCAGCCCAAACGCUUCCCAGAGAUCAUGAUGUGUCUGCCAGAAAUACGCUGCAUUGCAGGGAAGUUGGUUAAUGUUCCUUUGGAGCAGCUCCCCCUGCUGUUCAAGGCAGUCCUGCACUCCUGUAAGUCCAGCCUGAAUAACCACAGGACAAGCUCCUCCCCCUGUGUGACAAAGGGGGCCACCCCUGCCAACUAACCCCGCCCCCUUCUCCCUAGGAAACAACCCUCCUCACCUAUGUAUG